AUGGAGCCAACAAAGGGCAAAAUGGAAUGGUACACCAAGCUAGUUCUCAACAGCGUCUUACGUAUUUUCUAUACAGUUCCGAAACACGUAUUCUUCAUGCAAAAUUCGUCCGACUUCCCCAAGACCGCGAGCGGGAAGAUCCAAAAAUUCAAGCUUCGUGAACAGGCCCUCGUCUUACUGGAACGCGAGGAAUGA